AUGGAAGCCCAAGGAAAGAGUGAGCAGGGUGAGCAGAAGAGGGCCCGAGUUCGCAGUGGCCUCUGGUCCGAGAGCUACCCAGACGCUGGGCCCCUGACCUCCAUGGUAGACAUGACCACGCGGCCCUAUAGGAACCUGUCUGGUGCAGGAGUGGGGAGGCCACGGCUUUCCCCACAAGGACAGAGGGGUCGCACGCACUCCCGGCGCCGGCACCGCACCACCUUCAGCGCAGGGCAGUUGCUACAGCUGGAGUCGGCCUUUGGGAGGAACCAGUACCCCGACAUCUGGGCCCGAGAGCACCUUGCCCGGGACACAGGCCUCAGUGAAGCCAGAAUCCAGGUCUGGUUCCAGAACCGCAGAGCUAAACAGAGGAAGCAAGAGCGGUCACUUGUGCAGCCACUGGUCCAUCUGUCACCUGCUGCAUUCUCUGGUCUCUUGCCUGAGUCCCCUGCUUGCCCCUACUCCUACCCAACACCGCCUCCACCAGUGACCUGCUUCCCUCACCCUUUCAACCACACUCUUACCUCUCAGCCCUCCACAGCUGGUUCCUUUGCUCGUGCCCACCAGUCUGAAGACUGGUACCCCACCUUGCACCCAACUCCCCCUGGUCAUCUGCCCUGUCCCCCACCCCCACCCAUGCUUCCCCUCAGCCUUGAGCCACCAAAGUCCUGGAACUAA